CUUGCUGCUUUGGUUUGGACUUUUUACUGUUGCCUGACUAUGGCUCCCCAGAAUCAAGGCACAGAACUUGACCUUAGCUGGAUUUCUAAAGUGCAAGUGAACCAGCCAGCAGUUUUAAGACGUGCAGAGCAAAUCCAAACUCGAAGAACUAUGAAAAAGGAUUGGCAAGCUGCUUGGCUCCUGAAAGCUGUUACCUUUAUUGAUCUCACUACACUUUCAGGGGAUGAUACUUCAUCAAAUGUUCAGAGGCUUUGUUACAAGGCUAAGUAUCCGAUCCGGGAAGAUCUUUUGAAGGCUUUGGCUAUGGAGGAUAUAGGCAUCACCACAGCAGCUGUUUGUGUUUAUCCGGCUCGUGUGUGUGAUGCUGUAAAGGCACUUAAAGAUGCAGGCUGUAAUAUUCCAGUGGCUUCAGUGGCCACUGGUUUUCCAGCUGGGCAGACUCAUUUGAAAACUCGAUUGGAUGAGAUCAGAUUGGCUGUUGAAGAUGGUGCUAAAGAAAUUGAUGUGGUAAUUAAUAGAUCUUUGGUGCUCACAGGUCAAUGGGAAGUUCUGUAUGAUGAGAUCCGUCAGUUUCGCAAAGCCUGUGGAGAUGCACACCUCAAAACUAUUCUGGCGACCGGAGAACUUGGCUCUCUCACUAAUGUCUACAAAGCCAGUAUGAUCGCUAUGAUGGCAGGUUCUGAUUUCAUUAAGACCUCUACAGGAAAAGAAGCAGUAAAUGCUACCUUUCCUGUAGCUAUAGUGAUGGUUCGGGCCAUUAGAGACUUCUUUUGGAAAACUGGAAAGAAGAUAGGUUUUAAACCGGCAGGAGGUAUCCGGACUGCAAAGGAUUCUCUUGCUUGGCUCUCACUUAUUAAAGAGGAGCUUGGGGACGAAUGGCUGAAACCAGAACUCUUUCGCAUAGGAGCCAGCACUUUGCUUUCUGACAUUGAGAGACAGAUCUACCAUCAUGUAACUGGAAGAUAUGCAGCUUAUCAUGAUCUUCCAAUGGCUUAAAUAAGUGCCCAAUGCUGGAAGAACUUUAUGCAAGAACAUCUUACUGUAUGUAUGUAUAUAUGUGGACAUAUAUAUACAUAUAUGCACAUAUGUAUGCAUACAUAUAUAUGACCAUACGCAUUUCUACCAGUCAUUGAAACUGUCUGAUUAAAAAGGAUUUGCAAAGUA